AUGUCCCAAAGUCCUGCCUCUUCAGAAGUGGGAGUUAAUUUCUUUGGAUUACCUUGCAUGUUACAGGAAGAGUUGGACUUCGUUGAACCAACUACCUUCAUGGUCGGCGACAACCUCUGUACCUUCCACUUCCUUACACGGAAGGAACGUGCGAUGCAUAAAGAAACAUCGGAGGGCUUUGACCCGCUAUCUGAUGCUGAGAAGGGGUCGUCUCCCGAUGGGGUUAACUUGAAGCCGAGAUAUCCAGCGGUGGACUAUUUCAGAGGAACUACCAUACUAUUCGUUGUUACAUUCCACUUGAUCUGGGUACUCGGUGGUUUUGAGCUCAUUCCUGACUUCCCGGUUAUGGCUGGUUACAAUCUACCGAUCACAAACUACUUGUAUUUUUUGGCCUUCUAUGCUGUGUCGUUUUUUUGGGUGAAUCUCAGUCGUUUCGUCCAUCCAUGGAUCCAAUACUUACUAUUCCCCGUCGUCACUCUAUCGUGCAUUUACAUGCUAUGUUGGGAAUCAGAGAGAUCCGGUGUGUGCACGAUAAUGCUCUGCGUUGGACUAUCCUUGGCGAUAGUCCACGAGGAUCGAAUAAAAUGGAGAAACCUCAUCAUUAGAACACUCAAGCUGGGAGUAGCAGCAGGGAUUAUAAGCGCCCUAACGUAUAUCUUCAUUCCCACAUCUCCCAUAUACUUCGGUGCCAUCCACUGCAUAACGCUCAAUACCCUUCUCACAAUGAUCUUCAUCAGAGUCCCCCGUAUUGCUUUCGUCGGUUUCAUCUCCAUCCAGCUUUUCACGAUGAUGGGCCGCGUGUUCCCCCUCGAGAUCCCCAUGGACCGUCCCACAGUUGAUGUUAUCCCAUGGUUCCACAACCUUGGAUACUGCUUGCUCGGUGUCUGGCUCCAUAGCGUCGGUGCUCAUAAGAUUUCGGCGAUCGAGUUGAUACCGGGCAGACCAAUGCACUUCGAGGACACAGUCUUCACGUUCUUCGGACGACAUUCCUUGACGGUUUACCUUGCGCACAUGCUACCCGCUUUAUUCAUACUCGGAGUUCAUGUCUACUCGAAAUGGUGGUAGCUUCCCUGCUCAUUAUGGCCCAC